AUGACCACUUCGUCUUCUUCGUCCUCCAGAUCCCGUAGGUCCGUAUACGGGGUCCCAACUAAAUGCUGGUGUGGGAAAGGACUCAUAAUCUGGGCUUCAGAAACAAAGGAAAACCCUUUCCGAAGAUUUUAUCGUUGCGAGAUCGCUCUACAGAGGAAAUCUGAGUCACAUCUAUUUAAAUGGGAAGACGAAGCAAUACUAGAUGAAAUCAAGAUGGUGGAUGCUAAAAUCUCGGACAUCGUUCACGACUUUCAGUCACUCUCCAAGAGCGUCAUCGAACAGCUAGAUUCACACAAGAAUUGGAUGAUGUCCCUAGAGUCUGACCUGAUGUCUAAGCUUAACGAACACUUCGAGAAGCAGAACCAGGCUGUGGAUGAAGCAAACCGUCAGCCGAUAGUACCGGGACACAACUUUGCAGCUGCAGUUGCUAUUGUGGGAACUAUCGCAUGGAUGUAUUGGAAGUUCCUCUGA